CGGUGGCUCGCGCUGUUGGCUAGGUAUGCUUGGAUAACACCCUGAUUAUCUCCCCUUUUGACUCCCGUUGAAUCUCUGAAGGGCUAAACAGAGCAUGUGCGUUGAUCAAACUUUAAUAAGUGUUUACCUCGGGAAGUGUUGAGUCCACUCUUUGAAACAUUCAUCACGCUGGAUAUUUCAACAAAUUCAUUGCUGCAUUGAAUUAUUCCCGUCUGUGUUGACUUCUUCUGUGAGCAGAGAUUCACUGACAUUGCUGAACUAAAUAUCUGGAUCAGGCGAACACCUACAACGGCAUGGAAUGUCAUUCUAAUAGAGAACAAGUGACAUGGAGGUCCAAGGGAUUUAACUCAAGCGGCAUCAUUCUUUUCCUUUGUCUUAUUCUAUCAAUGGACUUCUAAGUCAUGGAUUCAGAAGAUGAGUUGUCCCUCUUGUCUCCGGACUGGGAAGAAGAUUUCUGUGAGGCAGGGGUGCACGUUGGCCGAGCCCCACAACUUUCGUUCCGGACAGAUUUCUGUAUCAGAGACACGCCACCCGCUGGCAGACUUCCUCGUGUUGCCUUUGUUGAUGUUGGUCCUGAGGACGAUGACAGCUGCUCCUACAAAAAAACUGGUAAAACGUUGACUGCGGGCAUCAUUAAAAACAGCUCCACAAGGACUUGUGACGUUACGAGUCUGCUCCCCAGUAAGUCAGCCGUCUCUCACAGGUCUAAUGAGACCACCCAGUACGAAAUCCCGAGCUGUCUCAAAAAGGUUGCCGCCCAGUGCCCGGAUCAGUCUCACACCUCCUCGGCAUUUUACUCCCCUUGUGUUCCACUCAGCGGCGCAUUUCAAACGAACUCCUCCGAGAUGAGCUUCCCGCAAAUUUCCAUCUCCUGUGACGAUACGUCGCAAGGUAUCGAACUCAACACGCUCAGUUUUCAGGCUCCCUCGCAUGAAUCUAGUUACUAUAUAUCUGCUCCGAAAGGCUGCUCCACACCUAUCCCUCCUAGCAAAAGUUCGAUGUGCUCUAACGAGUCUCUCAAAUUCCACAGAACUUCUUUUCAAGACGAUGAAAACUCACCCAACAUAAUGGACAGUUAUAAUUACCGCUCUGACCAAGUUAGCGAAAGCAACAUCAAUCGAUGUGGUCAAAAUAAAAGUGAUAUUUCAGAUGAUAAUGAAAACGCCAACAAAUGUGGAUCGCAACAGAAACCGUGUCGCCAACAGAUUCGGACAAUGUACCCCAAAAUUUUUCCUCAGCCUUGCUGCGCGAUAGGACUUCAUCCCAGUUUUAAUCGCGAUCGCCGACUUCCAGACUAUGUGACCAUCGACCAGUGCUACAGCGGUGACGAUGACCGCGAAGCCAGCACGAUAAGAAUCGUGGCCAACUUCAACACCGGGCCGCAGCAGGAUUCUCGCCACGGCGAGCACCGUCACGGACAGCAGGGUCAAGGUCAGGCGCCCAAGAGAGGUCAGCCCGAGGUGUUGAGCCGAAAAGAAAGAAUCUCUCUGAGAAGAGGCGUCAUGAUGAGGCAGAUGUCGAUGAACCCCGCCCACGAGCAAGAGAUGCAUCUACUUUCAGAAAUGAGAUUCGCAGAUAAUAAUGCCCAGCAGAGUAGUGAGCAUUACCAGCCCGUUGUGAGUAGCGACACUUGGGAGGGCGGGCAAGGCGCCAACAGACGGCUCAGCAAUUGUUCAUUCGCACGCGCCGCCGUGCACCCACCCCCAACUCAGGCUUUAGUCACAGUCGACAGCCGAGACGAGGUCAGCGGGACGGACAGCGGCGGAUCCAUGGCUGGAAACGUCAGCAGCGGCGGCUCAGUGGCGGGGAACAUCAGCAGCGGAGACGACAGCGAAAAGUGGAGGGGCUCUGUGCAGGGCUCGCAUGGAAGCCCGUCGGGCGCGAGGAUCAAGAUGAAGGACCUUGGUUUGUCUCACGCCACCAGCGCAAUGCGGUUUAGGCUCACCUUCGACGAAACAGCCGACGCCGCUGCCAAUAAUAACAUCGAACUACCGUUUGACGUGGCGCCACAAUCCCUCACCACCAAAAGGCCUUCUUGCAUCUGCGGUGAGCCCGAGCUACCUCCAUCAGACAGUUUUCCACCUCUUGAGAACUACCGUGAUACUGCAAGUGUUUCCCAAACCGGAAACGGUGUUAACUCUUUCAGCCGCCAUAACACAUCCACUGAUCCGCUCAUUACUACCACAUAUUCUUCAAACACUGAUUCGUAUCCCAUUAUUGUCACACCCAACUCGCCAAUGACAGACCUCCAGAACCCUGACACCGCCAUGGAGUAUAUUGGUACUAACGGCAGCCAAAUUAAUUUCUCAGACUUCCAGCCAGUUACCGCUUACGAAAACAGCAGCUCUAACCGGGUUCAGACCCAGAUGGACAGUGGUCAAAAUUAUCUGGAAGGCAGUCAUCCUAAGGUUAUGAUAUGCGUCUCAAAUUCCCAGCAGUCGUUUAUUCCAUUUACUUGUGACAGCCCUACACAGGAGCGCAACGACGAUGAUCAGUUCCAGCUGAAUGAGUUCCUUACCCACCAUAAUAACAAUAAGAUCAACCAUUUCAUUAAAGAUGGUGUCCCUGUCUCCUACGACGGCAUGUCUCCCGUGGAAUACGCUUUCUCCAACCAGCAUUACCACCAUUCCGACUGUUGCGGCGAGCUGUCUAACGGAGGCGUGCCUCUAGAGGAGCUGAGGCUCUUGUCCCAUCAGGACGGCCACGCCUCGGCCCUGCUGCAGCACCAGGAUACUGUGUCGGCGCCUCCCAUCCAGGACUUGUAUCGAUAUCACGUCUUCUUCUCACACUGCCCUGAGGACAGGGAGUGGGUGGAGCACAUGGUCGCCCACCUCGAGGCCCCGCCUUUCAACUACACUUGCGCGUAUGCCUCCCUCCAGGACGAAGCUGACCCCGGGACGCUGCAACAGCGCAUCUUGUGUGCAGCAAUGCUGAGCGAGAGAGUGGUCCUGGUGUUGAGCAAGCGUUACGUUGAGGAGACGUGGUUCUCUUUCGAGAAGACGCUCAAGCAGCUGACUCAGAUGAGCCUACACAAUCAAAGAAUUAUGGGAGUUUUACUGGAAGAUUGUGACAUUCCCGAAUCUCUUGGGGAGCUGUACUUCCUGGACUCAUCUGAUCCUGACUUCUUUCUGGUCUUCACUAAACGUUUGAAAACAAGUCGGAUCCCAAGAAGCAGUGCCUCUGUUAGUAGUGAUCUAGGUCAAACAGCCCUAACCCCCGCCAACGUGACCAAUGGGAAGAUUCUGACAUUCUGUAGACUCCAGGUGAAGGUUGGAUGGGACUCUUACUUGACACCUGCUGACGGACCAGAUUUAGACAUACCGCCGUCCCUAUCGGCUCAUGGCAUCGGUAUGGAGAAAACGGAGUUUGGCGAGAUUGUCACGAAAGUUUCCGGCAUCAUCCGGGGCACCAACAAGUUACCAUGGUUACUAUCUGCGCAGCCUUUGGCCGCUCUCCUAUUGGCUGGAACGCUCUGGCUUCCUGCCUUCAUUGCAGUGUUGGUGGUCCACGUGGAUGACGACAGCGGAAUUGCCCUGCCUGUCCGUCUGGCUGUAUUCCUGUUUCCCCUGGGGCUAGUGGCUGCUGGCUAUCUCAUCAAGUGGAGGCGUGCUUACUGGCUGACCAAGAUUGUUCGUCUGCUAGUACAAAACUGCGUGGACGUGAAUCAAGCCUUGUACUUCCAAGGGAGACCACUCUUUGUUACGGCUGCCCAUGUUCGCGCCAAUAUUUUCGCUAUAUAUUUUGUUUACUUCGAUGCUACAGAUUGCGUGAGGAGUGUUGAUCUUCUGCUGUUCACGUGCAUGGAAGACGACUGGGAGAAACUCUUAAAAUUAAUCACUUUCUACACCAGAGAUGAGAAUUACCUCAGCAGGAUGUCCAUCUCGGAGCGCCUGACGGUAAUGAUGAGUGCACCUUAUCUGGUCAAGCUAGUCAGACAGGUGCUGCCUCACCCACCACAGCAGCGUCACGUUUCCAGAUUGUUAUGUCUAUGUCAGUUUACGGAGGAGUGCAUAUCUAGAUUUGCACACGGAUUAGAUCGUGAGGAUGUGCCGGGUCUGGCAGAACUUUUCACCCGACACAUGCCUGGCAAGGUCUCCGGGAGUGCUGUCAGGAGGGUGCAAGAAGAACUCUUCCACGCCAAUCACGGCCUGGUUCCUUGAGACGAAAGUGUCAACGUGACCUUCAUAUCCCUGAUGUAAAUGUUUCGAUCACAGGCAGCCCGUUCCAGGGGCGUCCUCGUAUUAUCAUUGAGUAUUUAACAUCUGGUUAUGUAUUGUUGCUGCUGGUGCCUUCGAGCCUUUUGAUCCAUUCACUUGCCAUAGUCAGCAUGACCUAUACAAACUUAGAAUAGAGGAGAAUCAAUGAGCGUACUGUAGUGACCUUUGAACUACUUGCCAUAGUCAGCAUGACCUAUACAAACUUAGAAUAGAGGAGAAUCAAUGAGCGUCCUGUAGUGACCUUUGAACUACUUAACAUUGGAAGAAGCAGCUCAUUUUUCAUCAGUCGAUGAUUUAAACAAAAAUUAAUAACUACAAUUGAUGGUAAAAAAGGUGGUACUAUUAAAUUUCAUUGAGACUGUGUCACACCGGUGUUACCACUUCCUGCAUUAAGUGAGGUUUUCUUCGGAAAUGGUAUUCAGAAAAAUUUAAAAUAUUAUUUUGAAAGUAGAGUGCAUUAUGAUAAUUACAUAUUAUCUAAUAUGUACAAGAAUCUACCAACUGAGUUAUUUCAGAAGCAUACUCUUCAUGUAUAAGGAUUUCACUAGAUACAAGCUAAUUGGUGUGAAAAAAAGGAAAUAAAUAAGGUCUAAACAAAACAAAACUAACUUGGAGUCUAGCAUAAAUUAAACAUGUGACUUAAACUGACCAAUGGAAAUUGUCGAGAAUUGCAAGCAUCGGAUUUCUGCCAAUAUCUGUGUAAGUUUUCUGUCAGCUGUACAGGUGCAGGUAAUAGUGUUCAUCUCUAAAGAAAUGAGCAUGUACAUACAGUGUUAACCACAGGGUCGUUUGUUUUUUUGUUGACCUGAUUCUUGGCAUACAAUGUACAUACAGGAUCCCCCCAACCAAGCUUUUUAUUGUUUGUUUUUUUAAAUAUACAUUAUUUAUUAAAUUGUAAUAAAUUAUAUAAAUAUAUAUAUACCGCAUAUAUUAGACCUAUAUAAAUGGAAUAUUUCAUCACAAUCUCUGCACCUUUGGAUCGAAUCUACUCAUUCUCAUACCGUAUGAGCUUCACAAAAAAGUAAGCAAAAAAAAUAAUUCUUUGUUAUACAAAGUAGGCUUAUCUAAUCUGCUAAUUCGACAUUAAUCUCAAGCAAGUAAAGGAUCUGUACAGAUCCAAUCAAUGGUAAAAGUAUGGACAUUUGUCUUUAUCUGUUUCUCUUAUUUGUUUUUUUUUUUAUUUUUUUUUUGCUACUAUAUUAUUCUCCCUCACCCCCCCCCCCCCAAUUUUCUUUUUGUUUUCAAUUUGCCGCCAUAGGCUGGCGCCGCGUCUUGUCUUUAUAGUAAAAAACACGGCAUGUUUGUGCGUCACAGCAUUCAAAUCACUUCAAACUAAAAUACCUCCUAGUGUAGCCAUCUUUCUUUACUUUAGUUGAAAGAUCUUUGGAAACAAACAAAAAAAGAAUUCAGGCUGAGAUGAAUCCAGAAUGUUAAACUUCAUGGCAUUAGAGCCAAACAUUUCUGUAGGGUCUACGGCCUGCAGGUUGAAGCCAUCCAAUUGCAGAACGUUUUAAGUUAUUUAUUGUUAGCAGUCUUAAAGAACUGUCAAUUUUGCUUCAAUUUCAUUUGGAGGUAGGUACUAGGAGGCACUAGGAGGUACUAGGAGGCACUAGGAGGUACUAGGAGGCACUAGGAGGCCAACUUGUAUGAAGAGCUUGUAGAACGACUAUAAUUUUUUUUUAAAGCACACCGUGUAUCCUUUAAUAUUUUAAUGUUUUUAAUCUGUCUAUAAAUAAUGUGCUGGUCACAUAGAUGGAUAUAAAUCUCUACGUAUGUAAAUCCUCUUAGUCGUAUGAUUUCACAAGAAUAAACAUAUCAAUAGACCUGUAUCUGACUGGCUUACAGACAUCUGCUAUUUUGACUUCCGUGUCUACCUGUUGGUUUCCUAUGACAUUGUUUUGAUCGGCACUCUUCUUCUUUCAUUCAUAAGUCACGUGAUGUGCGGAUGUGCUCUAGACUCGUCGUGUUCUUUCCACUUGGCUCUAUCUCGAACUGAUCACUUUGUAUUCUAUCCAAACAUUUCUUCAGCGGUUUCUCUCAGUCCUAAAGAUCUUUCUCACGAGACAUUGCAACAGAUGAACUAGCACAGGUCAUGCUUCCCACUUCGAGAUGAACUAGCACAGGUCAUGCUUUCCACUUCGAGAUGAACUAGCACAGGUCAUGCUUUCCACUUCGAGAUGAACUAGCACAGGUCAUGCUUUCCACUUCGAGAUGAACUAGCACAGGUCAUGCUUUCCACUUCGAGAUGAACUAGCACAGGUCAUGCUUUCCACUUCGAGAUGAACUAGCACAGGUCAUGCUUUCCACUUCGAAAUGAACUAGCACAGGUCAUGCUUCCCACUUCGAGAUGAACUAGCACAGGUCAUGCUUCCCACUUCGAGAUGAACUAGCACAGGUCAUGCUUCCCACUUCGAGAUGAACUAGCACAGGUCAUGCUUCCCACUUCGAGAUGAACUAGCACAGGUCAUGCUUUCCACUUCGAAAUGAACUAUGCUUCCCACUUCGAGAUUAACUAGCACAGGUCAUGCUCUCCACUUCGAGAUGAACUAGCACAGGUCAUGCUUCCCACUUCGAGAUGAACUAGCACAGGUCAUGCUCUCCACUUCGAGAUGAACUAGCACAGGUCAUGCUUCCCACUUCGAGAUGAACUAGCACAGGUCAUGCUCUCCACUUCGAGAUGAACUAGCACAGGUCAUGCUUCCCACUUAAAACUUAUUUGGUGAACUUAUUUGUGUCGUAUCCCGGCUCUAGUUGUGUUUGCUGAGCGCCUAAAGGCAGCACGGAAACCUCCUCCCACCACUGGUCCAAAAUAGAGAUUAGACCUUAGCGCAUUGAGCAUGCUAUGAUCAUAAAAGUUGCGCUAUACAAAGGUAAUUAAAACAUCCGAACAAGUUCUAAGUUUGGAGAUAAGAGGCAUCCUCCACGAACAUACAAUAAGGUGUCAGAAUUUUAGGAUCAAAGCGACCUAUUGAACACCAUUCAAAGCGGCAGAACUAAAGUUAACCUACGUGAACCCCCCCCCCCUCAAACUGUCAGAACACCGCUGAUGUGUGAGACCUAGGAGACAUUAUGGAACCUCGUUACUAGACAAUGUCUCACAGCCUAAUGUACGCGUGAAUUAGACAUGCAUGUACUAGUUCUAAAACUUUUAGAAAUAAUAAUGAGAAAGGUUGAAGAAUUGUUUUCAAACAUUCAGAUCUCGCUGUUAAACAUUGGCAGUAGUUUGCUUGGUCACUAGUACCUGGUUUCUGUUAUUCUGAGACUGUUGAAGCCUAAUUUUAUGUAGGCUUCAUAAAUUACAGUUCAUUCUCUGUCUUUACAUUGGUGAAAACUGGCAUUCCUUUUUAUUAUGUCUGACAAACUCUUUGUUAUAAGCCACCUUUGCUAGACACAGAUUGGCGAUUUUUUAUGCAUUCUGACAUUGGCACAGAGGAUUUAAAAAACAAAUUGGAACAUGUUUGGGAAAGUGUUUUUUUUUUUUUUUUUUCGAAAGGUUAAGGGAGUAUCGUUUUAUGUUCAUAGUUUACACUACAGCAUGCAGUGUUAUAACAUAGCUAUUGGCUAGAAUCCGUUAUACAUUAAAACAGAAUACGAUUUGUUAUUUGUUUUAUUCCUAAUGUCAAAUUAUCAUUUUUUACAUACUUCGUUUUACAUGUUUCGGAUGUUUCUUCAGAUUUCAAGGUUAUUAUAUUCUAGCCCAAAUCACCCAGUAAGACGGGGAAAAAAAAAGGGGGGGGGGGGCUGGCGACGGACGGGGUUUGAUUCGAACCCGGGAGCAUUUAGACGAAAGUAGGCCCUUACUCCGUGCGUAUUACAAAGUAUGAAUACUAAGGGGAAUGACUAUGCACCGGAAUUACGCGUUCCGUAAUCUAGUUUUAUUAUCUGAGAAUAAACUGCAAGAAAAGAAAACCCAACUAAAACUCAGAGGAAAGGAGUGCUUUAAGAGACUCAAAGCUCCAUUAAAUUAGUUCCUUAUAUUGCUCGUAUGCUACACUACAAAUGCAUAGAUAUACAAGUCUAAGUUGAUGUGUUUUUUUUUUUAUUGCUUUAACAAUCAAACAAGAAGAUCAAACUAAAAUUCUAUUUAACAUUGGUUGGACCAAUAUCAGAAUGCGCGUCCUAGGUUAGGGACCCCUCAACUCAAGAAAACAUAAAGAUACAAGAACAGACACAAAAUAUAGCCGUGAUAUUUAUAGCAAACUGUUGAUUAGAGUAACAUCAUUAGUAUCUCAAUAAAUCUAGAGACCCUUCAGGACAGAAUUAUUGUUAAUUAUUUAUUGUACCAAACAAAACAUGAAUCGAUUGUUACUUGUUAGUUCUUAAAAAAAUUCCCAACAAAAGAUCCCUCCCCCCUCCUUUGGUCACACAUUGGCUAUUGAAGAGUGGUCAAAUGUUUCCACUGUGUUAGUAACGUGUGUUUCAAAGUUUGCCAUUGUCUGUCCAAAAGAAACACAUAAUUUAUAGACUCGUGCACAGAUUUAAAACAUCUUCAUCUUUUCACUUGUAACUUUAAAAAAUUGUUGUUUUUUUUUGUUUUAUAUUUAUUUAUUUUGCAGUGGGUUUUUUUCCCUGGUGAUAUAUAUAUAUAUAUAUAUAUUUCUUAUAUAUUCUUUUCUUAUAAAUGUUCUUUUAUAUAUAUAUAUUUAAAUUUCUUAUGUCUAUUAUGUUAUAAAUUGUAAUAUGUAAUGAUCAGGCCUACUGGUUGGCCAUUUGCCAAACUACAGCUUUCUGUAUUGUACAUUGUAAUAUUGAGUACGAGUACUUAAUAGAUCCAGUGGAAAAUGCCAACUACUAUUUCCAAAUGCUGUUUGUUGUAGUUAAUGAAUUGUCUUGAUGAACAUGGCUGAACUCCAACCUAAACUAAUCACAACUUAUUCCAUCAAUCCAUUUUUUUUAGCCACAUUAUUAAUCAUGUAUGAACUUACCAUCUACAAAAUUCAUUUCAUUCUAUAUAGACUUUUGAAAGAGUUUAUUUUUAUAAAUAUGUAAAUAAAUGUCUUUCACUUUUGAUAUAUCGUGUGUGUGUGGUUCAAUUUUCACUUUUGGUGUAUGCACUUUUUAAAUUAAGUAAAUAUUUUAGUUACUUUAAUUUUUUUUUUUUGCAAGUUUGUUUUUAUAUAAACCAAUUAUUUUAGCUAAAUGCAGUGUUUCCCAUAAGUUAUAAAUACCAACCCCAAAUAGACAGGAAAAUAUUUUGAUAACCUUUGUAAGAGUCCAUAAUGGAGAAAAACAGUCAAUAUACUUAUCACAAAAGUAGUUGGUGACUCAAAAUAGGCACUAGCACAAAUUCAAUAAAAUAUUCAUUGACAGAUGCUGUUAUUGGCUCUUUAACAUCUUUCUUUCAGGCCCUAUGCAUCUCCUUCUGGAAUAGAACUGCCUCUAGUUCUUUGGAGACCAAUAUUUUCUAAUCCUUUAGAUAUAUGCAGACAUGUGCAAUUUUAAGCAGUUGAAAAUGGCAAGUCAUUAAGGGUUAUGGUUAAGUCUUAAGUGGGUGGUUGACCCCAGGUGUCUACAAUUAGCUGGUUUUAGCAAAGUUUAUACCAUUUUAACUAUUCAUAAUUUUUACAAAGCCACUUUUGGCCAUUGCAAAAAUAAAAUAACUCAAUACUGUAUUGGAUUCUAUGAACUUGGUCUAGAUACUUUAAGAUGAUAUGUUCUGUUUCUUGAUAUCUCCAUGUUUGGAGAAUAUGAUUUUUUUUUAAGUGUCAAGUUGAGAAAAUCAACUAUAAAACAUUGUCGACUUUACAAUAAAAUCUAAUUAUUCAAUCUUUGUUUAAUUGAGACAUUAGUUAAGAAAAAGAAUUUAUCUCUUUGAGAUAUUAGAGUUUAGCUUUAUAAAGUGUUGUAAAUGAAAAAUAGUUUAAUAAUGCUUUUUGUUUGGUUUUGAAUUUCUAUGUAAGUUGAUUGCAAAGGCAACCAUUCAUAAAAUAGCUACAGUAAAUGUUCUUUAAAGGUCUAUGCCCUACCACAUUUGGUAUUGUGAAAGCAGUGAUGACUAAGUCAUUUCUUCACCUGGCUACAUAUGAACUCCAAUCCAAGUACAAUUAUUGAAUUAUCAAUGGUUCCAUGCAGUUUUCACUAUCAACACGUAUUGUCAAAAAUGUUUCAACUUGUUGGAAUACACAUUUGUUGUUAACACUUCUUUUCUUCCCGACUUUGUUCUUGUUCAAUAAUUUUAUCUUCAAUAAAACAAUUUUUUUCCCAUAA